AUGGAGCCAGUCAGACCAGUUUCACCCCUGCCAGGUGCACCCCGGUCCUUGUCCCUGUCCUUUCUGUCCCUAGCCAAUAAUCGUGUGUGUGUGUGUGUGUGUGUGUGUGUUGUCUACCAGGAGCUGGAGCGGCCUGGCUGUGAAGACUCCCCCAAGGGCACAGACAUGGAGACAGAAGACUACUACAGGAACAACAAACCCAACCAGGACUCUUACUGCUACCAGCUGCUGCAGGAACUCAACAAACAACGCAAAGGAGGUAUCCUCUGUGACGUCAACAUCGUGGUGAGUGGAGAGGUGUUCCGGGCGCACAAGAACAUCCUCGUGGCCGGGAGCCGUUACUUCAAGACCCUCUACUGCCUGACCAAGAGUGAGAACUCAUCCUCGUCGUGUGACCAGACGACCACAGUCACCGUCACCCACCUCGACGUGGCGGCCGGGGCGGGGUUCUCAGUCAUCCUGGACUUCCUGUAUAGCGGUAACCUCCUGCUGACCAGUCAGAACGCCAUCGAGGUGAUGUCCGUGGCCUCCUACCUCCAGAUGACUGAGGUGGUGGGCUCAUGUCGGUCGUUCAUCAAGGAAGCCCUCAACAUCAGCAUCAAGCAGGAGGCCCCCGACUCAGUGGUGGUGGAUUACAACAAGAGGAGAACGGUGGCCAAAGAUGGAGCAGGACAGGUGGGCUCGGACGGCAGCACCAACAAGAAGCCUGGGAGUAACUUCUGGGCCACCAGCAUCCUGUCCAAGCUGUCGAUAAAAGCCAGUGGUCAUGUCAACAAUGGGGACCAGGCAGGGGGAGGCAGCGUGAAGGAGGAGCCCAGUGAUGUGGAGGUGUCUGCGGGGGAGGGCUGCGCCCUGGGGAGCUCCGGCUGGGGCUGCGAGAACUCGUCCGAGUCGGCUGAGAACGAGCCGCCGAGCGUUCCGGGGCCGGUGUUCGUCUGGAACGAGCCGGCUCCCGGGGCGGCGGCGGGCGGGCCGGUGGCAGUGAAGCGGGAAGAUCAGAGGGCGGAGCCGGGUAGCGGGCGGAGGAAAAAACAGAUCACUCGGCGGUUCGUCUACAACAUCCCACCGGAGUCGGAGGAAGGGUUUGACGAAGGGAUGUUCAUCCAGCCCUCAGCCUCCUACCCCAGGGAGGACUUCUCCUUCCUCUCUGAGAACGCAGGUACGUCACCACACCCUCCUCUCACUCACACCAGCAGAUCUUUAGGUAGCCAAUGGUCAGACCAACAGUUCAAAACAAUACAACUUUGUUGUCCAAAUGCACUGCACUAAAUCCCCCCCCCCCACAGACAACACAUGAACGGACCAACAGUUCUUUAGAUGACCAAACAGCAGGCCUGUUUUAGUGAAUGUGUACGUCCUAGCAUUUUCUAUGUAGUUCCUAGUCUGACAUGGUAUGACAACCAUGCCUCUAGUCAUGGCAUUUAAAGUUUGCAGAAGUCUGAGUUAGUUCAGCAUUCAGCCCUGUUCCACAGUGAGUGAGUGAGUGAGUGAGUGAGUGAGUGAGUGAGUGAGUGAGUGAGUGAGUGAGUGAGUGAGUGAGUGAGUGAGUGAGUGAGUGAGAGAGCUAACUAACUAGCUACUGUACGUCCAACACUGACUUGACAUGGCCUCUCUCAGCUAUGGAUGGCAGCGAGUGUGACCAGAUAGUCACCAUACCCAGAGCGGUUCAAAAACUAGUUGAAAUCAUUUCAAAUACUUUAUCUGUGCUCGAUUGAGCUUGCCUGGCUUAAUGGACCAAUAAAAUAAUCCCCAAACUGCAAAAACCCGCCCAUCUGGCACUUCAGGCGGGCUUGAGAUAAUGCUCAAAGUGUUAGAAAAAUGUCAAAUAGUAUUUGAACCCAGGUCUGAUCCAGAGUGAAGGCCAGCCAGCCUGGUAUGCAUAUAUGAGUAUGGCCAGCGUUUUUAAGCUGGCCCACUUCUCUCCUCGCCCUGCCGCCCCAUACCACAGAAACCCUGGGUAAUCUCUAAGUCUAUGAGCCUGUCACAGCCACACACACACACACACACACACACACACACACACACACACAUACAUACGCUCACACACACACACACACACACAUACACAGUCCCAGCUCUGCCCCCCAUUAAGUGGUAUGCUGUAUGGAAUGAUAUCAUGUAUUAAGUGGGGGGUUUUCACUCCUAAUGAAGGAAAGCAGUGGACACAUUCUUCCCUCAGGCUCCUUUAAACACAACACAAAUGAUCUUAGCUCAUGUUCCUCAGGGCACUUUAAUGUAGAGAGGGUUUUCCAGUAACAUGUGUGUGUCAUCAUUAAUGCAACAAUAUGAUUCCCUAAUUUGGCACUUCGACCUCUCCCUUUCUCUCAGUCUCUUCAGCAUAUCAGAGGAAAAUCCCUUCUAAAGUAGUAGUACUUCUAAACUGUACUAGUAUGGAUUACUAUGAGGAGAAGCUGCUGUUUAGCAUGGCUGAGCACUGUAGCAGCAUGGAUCAUGUUCAUUAGGGCACAGCGUUUUGCAACAGAAAAUGAAGAUUUCUUAUUGAACAGGUCUCGAUAGUCUCUCCCUUUUCCAGUCUGUUGUCUUAUGCUUGGUACCGGAAAAACAGGAGCUAUGCUUUAGGUGAACCACAGGGACAUCCCCCCCCUGCUGUACCAUAGCAGAGCUGCUGGAUUCAUGGCUAUAAAGUCUUGGUUCCUCUCCAAACAAGGCUGUUGGAUUGUUUAAAAGGGCGGGCUGCAUGGUUGCUGACUCUUUAUACACACAAGCACACGCACACACAAUAGAUAACUCCCCUCAAUCCCUCGGAGGUGCAAAGCUUUUAAGGUCUGACCCUCUCUCCCUCCCUAAUCCCCCCUAAUGCACUGGGGCUGUCCUCACCAUUCCAAAUAUUGACCCAGGCAGACAGAACAGAGAAUAGGACCCGUGGUCAGGUACUUAACAAUAGGUUCUGAGGGCCAGGCCCUGAGCUAGGGCUAAUUAAGCCUGUUCAGUGAUCCUCAGUGAGGGGCUGAGGGCUCCAUCCUGUCAUUCACUUAUUAAUCCAUAGCCCAGUGGGAGAGGCUGCAGAACAGUGUCCUGGCUAGAAGAAGUGUCCUGCUUACAGCAGUCUAGGGAAUGGAUGACAGAACAUAGGCAGCACCAGGGUCGUGUUCAUCUGGGAUUAGGCACCAGGGUCGUGUUCAUCUGGGAUUAGGCACCAAAUGGAAAGAACGAAGUCAGACAGAAACAGGGAGGGUCUACCUCAGCGACUUGUCCAAUAAGAAACUCUCAUUUUCGUUUUAACUUUAACUUUGUUUUAAAACGUUUUGCGACGGUGUGCCCUGCUGAACAAGACUCCGGGGAUAGGUGGGGCCUGGUGUUUGUGUACGUCCCCCCCCCCCCCCCCCUCAAAGCUUAUUCCCUCUUAUCAUGUCUUUGUUUCACCUCUCACAGAACUGGCCAACCAGAUCCAAUACAGCCUCCUACAAGAGUCCCGGCAAGGGGGGUCCUGGGAGAAUGGUAAGGGUUGUGUUCUCCUGUGAUUAUAGGGGGGUCCUGGGAGAAUGGUAAGGGUUGUGUUCUCCUGUGAUUAUAGGGGGGUCCUGGGAGAAUGGUAAGGGUUGUGUUCUCCUGUGAUUAUAGGGGGGUCCUGGGAGAAUGGUAAGGGUUGUGUUCUCCUGUGAUUAUAGUGUAUAGUAGUUGGCUCAUUGUCUGUUCAGAAAUACACUUCCAGUCCAAAGUUUGGACACACCUACUCAUUCAAGGGUUUUUCUUUAUUUUGACUAUUUUCUACAUUGUAGAAUAAUAGUGAAGACAUCAAAACUAUGAAAUAACACAUAUGGAAUCAUGUAGUAAACAAAAAGGUGUUAAACAAAUCAAAAUAUAUUUUAUAUUGGAGAUUCUUCAAAUAGCCAACCUUUGCCUUGAUGACAGCUUUGCACACUCUUGGCAUUCUCUCAACCAGCUUCACCUGGAAUGCUUUUCCAACAGUCUUGAAGAAGUUCCCACAUAUGCUGAGCACUUGUUGGCUGCUUUUCCUUCGCUCUGCUGUCCGACUCAUCCCAAACCAUCUCAAUUGUUUUUUUGUUUUUUUAGGGGGUAGAUCAGCUUUAAUAUUUCAGAAAGAUUGUAACUUCCAUCAAUGUAAUUGUCUGCAUCACUUCCAAUCUCCCAUAUGUUUUUUUUUUGCGCAAAUAUACAGUGGGGGAAAAAAAGUAUUUAGUCAGCCACCAAUUGUGCAAGUUCUCCCACUUAAAAAGAUGAGAGAGGCCUGUAAUUUUCAUCAUAGGUACACGUCAACUAUGACAGACAAAUUGAGAAAAAUAAAUCCAGAAAAUCACAUUGUAGGAUUUUUUAUGAAUUUAUUUGCAAAUUAUGGUGGAAAAUAAGUAUUUGGUCACCUAAAAACAAGCAAGAUUUCUGGCUCUCACAGACCUGUAACUUCUUCUUUAAGAGGCUCCUCUGUCCUCCACUCGUUACCUGUAUUAAUGGCACCUGUUUGAACUUGUUAUCAGUAUAAAAGACACCUGUCCACAACCUCAAACAGUCACACUCCAAACUCCACUAUGGCCAAGACCAAAGAGCUGUCAAAGGACACCAGAAACGAAAUUGUAGACCUGCACCAGGCUGGGAAGACUGAAUCUGCAAUAGGUAAGCAGCUUGGUUUGAAGAAAUCAACUGUGGGAGCAAUUAUUAGGAAAUGGAAGACAUACAAGACCACUGAUAAUCUCCCUCGAUCUGGGGCUCCACGCAAGAUCUCACCCCGUGGGGUCAAAAUGAUCACAAGAACGGUGAGCAAAAAUCCCAGAACCACACGGGGGGACCUAGUGAAUGACCUGCAGAGAGCUGGGACCAAAGUAACAAAGCCUACCAUCAGUAACACACUACGCCGCCAGGGACUCAAAUCCUGCAGUGCCAGACGUGUCCCCCUGCUUAAGCCAGUACAUGUCCAGGCCCGUCUGAAGUUUGCUAGAGUGCAUUUGGAUGAUCCAGAAGAGGAUUGGGAGAAUGUCAUAUGGUCAGAUGAAACCAAAAUAGAACUUUUUGGUAAAAACUCAACUCGUCGUGUUUGGAGGACAAAGAAUGCUGAGUUGCAUCCAAAGAACACCAUACCUACUGUGAAGCAUGGGGGUGGAAACAUCAUGCUUUGGGGCUGUUUUUCUGCAAAGGGACCAGGACGACUGAUCCGUGUAAAGGAAAGAAUGAAUGGGGCCAUGUAUCGUGAGAUUUUGAGUGAAAACCUCCUUCCAUCAGCAAGGGCAUUGAAGAUGAAACGUGGUUGGGUCUUUCAGCAUGACAAUGAUCCCAAACACACCGCCCGGGCAAUGAAGGAGUGGCUUCGUAAGAAGCAUUUCAAGGUCCUGGAGUGGCCUAGCCAGUCUCCAGAUCUCAACCCCAUAGAAAAUCUUUGGAGGGAGUUGAAAGUCUGUGUUGCCCAGCGACAGCCCCAAAACAUCACUGCUCUAGAGGAGAUCUGCAUGGAGGAAUGGGCCAAAAUACCAGCAACAGUGUGUGAAAACCUUGUGAAGACUUACAGAAAACGUUUGACCUGUGUCAUUGCCAAUAAAGGGUAUAUAACAAAGUAUUGAGAAACUUUUGUUAUUGACCAAAUACUUAUUUUCCACCAUAAUUUGCAAAGAAAUUCAUAAAAAAAUCCUACAAUGUGAUUUUCUGGAUUAUUUUUUCUCAUUUUGUCUGUCAUAGUUGACGUGUACCUAUGAUGAAAAUUACAGGCCUCUCUCAUCUUUUUAAGUGGGAGAACUUGCACAAUUGGUGGCUGACUAAAUACUUUUUUUCCCCCACUGUGUAUGUGUGUAUAUAUAUAUAUAUAUAUAUAUAUAUAUAUCUAUAUAUAUAUAUAUAUAUAUAUAUAUAUAUAUAUAUAUAUAUAUAUAUAUAUAUAUAUAUAUAUAUACACUGAUUCGAUAUUACUAAACACAUACUUAUGACAGAUUUUGUUUUCAAACCUUAUGUCGUGAACCUAAUUUGGUGGCUGGUUAAUAUGAUGGUGAUGAUCAAUGAUCGGAAUACUUACAGUAUUGUAGGUUGCUCUGGAUAGGAGCUAACUGACUAAAAUGUAAAUAUCCCCCAAGAUGGUGUUGUGAAUAGCACUGUAGCUAGUUGAGCACAGCACAGGUGACCUGCUUUUCCUCAGCCCCCUGGCGACCUGGCCUGCUUGACAACGCUUUUGUUUAGUGCGUCUUGGCUCAAACAAAGACAAAGGCAGGACCCUAUCAUUCAGCUGUCUGUGACGUGAGCCUAGCCAGCCAAAUCAAUAGUUUAACUAGAGUCACAUCUACAGUUGUCCCUUAGGUGGUUUAGAUGUUAGGAGGGUGGUAUGACGUCACUACACAUUUCUCACAUACUAGAUUUGUCAAACAUCUUUCUUCACAAUUGUGUAAAUUGCUUAUCGAGGCUGUACUAUUUGAACACUUUAACCUGGUGUGUUGACAUCUUGUGAAAUGUUAAUAGCAGCUGAGGCACAGCAUUUUUUUUUAGAUAUUCUUUCCUAACUACACAUGUGGAAUGUUUUAUGUCAGUGGGCUAAUGGUAAAACAAGAUUUCGGUAGAGAAAUCAAAUUAUACUUAUUACCCUAGACAUUAGUGUUGCCAUGACAACUGACGCAGUUGAGUAUUUAACGGUUUCUGAGUGAGUGUUUUUCCAUCCCAUAAACACCAUAGUAAACAUGAUAUCCUCUCACUGAGGAUUCAACCACACACACAACCCCUCAUCCCACCACCACACCCAACACCUCCUCUCUUUUAUUGGGAAGGGAAGAACCAAGGGGCUCCACCGCCAGAGACUGGAGUGGCUCUACAAAUGACUGCCCCCAAUUCCACUCUUCAUUGUCUGUGUCAACUGAUUAGAAAGCAACCUCCUGCCUGAUAACCUGUGUUUUUCUCUCAGGCGAGUCGUCCGACAUAGCCCUGAAUAAGCUGAAGUGUCCCCACUGUAACUACAUCGCUAAGCACCGGAGAACACUAAAGAGGCAUCUCAUCAUCCACUCCGGUGUCCGCUCCUUCAGCUGCGACAUCUGUGGCAAGCUGUUCACCCGCAGAGAGCACGUCAAGAGACAUUCCCUGGUAAGACCCUACACCCUGCCCUACACCCUUCCCUAAAACACCCAGUACCUCCCCUAGCUGUUCACCCACAGAGAGCACGUCAAGAGACAUUCCCUGGUAAGACCCUACACCCUACCCUAACUGUUCAUUCCCUGGUUAGACCCCACACCCUACCCUAACUGUUCAUUCCCUGGUUAGACCCCACACCCUACCCUAACUGUUCAUUCCCUGGUUAGACCCUACCCUAACUGUUCAUUUCCUGGUUGGACCCUACACCCUACCCUAACUGUUCAUUUCCUGGUCAGACCCGACACCCAUAUCACCAUAUCAAAUCAAAUGUUAUUUGCCACAUGCGCCAAAUACAACAUGUGUAGACCUUACAGUGAAAUGCUUACUUACAAGCCCUUAACCAACAAUGCAGUUUAAAAAUAGAAAAUAAGUGUUAAGUAAAAAAUAAGAUAUAGAUAAGUAGAAAAUAGCAAAUAAUUAAAGAGCGGCAGUAAAAUCAAAUAACAGUAGGGAGGCUAUAUACAGGGGGUACCGGUACAGAGUCAAUGUGGGGGGGGCACCGGUUAGUCGAGGUAAUUGAGGUCAUAUGUUCAUGUGGGUAGAGUUAAAGUGACUAUGCAUAAAUAAUGAACAGAGUAGCAGCAGCGUAAAAGAGGGGGUUGGGGUGAGGUGUGGUGGUGUCCCUCUGGUGUAGUGUCCCUCUGGUGUAGUGUCCCUCUGGUGUAGUGUCCCUCUGGUGUAAUGUCCCUCUACACCAGGAGUAUCCAACAGGUCAAUAGAGAGCUAACAGUGGCUACCAGCCCACCUAUGAGUAGCUCACCAAUCAAUUCUGAAAGUACAUGUAUUUUUCACGUGUUUCACAGCAAACUGUCAUAAACAACUCUCACAAGUAUCAGACACAUCAAGCUCCCGGCUACUAUCCAAUCAAAUCCACAUUGACAUAAUCCCACCCCUAGUUAGCCACUAUUGGCUUAAAAAGCCAAAUGUACCACAAUAUCUGCCAAUACAUUUUCAGCAAUAUCGCCCGUCUGUCUGUGACGUGCGCGCUUGUCUGUCUAUCAUUCACUUUGUGUAUCCAGUUAGGGAUCAUGAUAACAGUCUUGUGGAGACUUUCCCCAAAAACCUUCUCAAUUAAAUGUUAACUGCAAAGUAAGCAUACCCGGCGCAAUCAUGAUUGUUUGCAUCAAUCGGGUGGGCUUUUGUUUGUCUGUCAUGACAUAUGUAGCAGCAAAAGCAUCACUAGACCAGCACAAUCCUCUGUCGCAAAAUUCGCAAUUAAAGGGGUAUUACACUCAAAUCAAAAUGUUUACAUUAAUUUUUUUACUCAAAAGUAUCUUCUGAUAUGAUUUCAGCAUUGACAUGGACUCCCACUCAAAAAGUGAAGCGGGCAGGGCAAAGAAGAGAUAGAGAGAGUGAGAGAGAGAGAGAGAGAGAGAGGAGAUAGAGAGAGAGAGAUCCUAGAUUAGAUAGAUAUAGAGAGUAGAUAAGUAGCUCUUAUCAUAUAUCAUAUCUUCAUCUACGAUAUUCAUUCUCUCUAUAUAUCUCUAUCUCUUCUCUGUUCUCUCUUCUCUCUCUGUCUGUUGUCUGUCUGUAUCUGUCUAUGUGUUGUCUCUGUCUCUGUCUCUCUGUAUCUGUUCUGCUCUGUUCUAGUUCUGUAUCUAUUGUCAUCUGUCUUCUCUCUCUCUAUCUCUCUCUCUCUAUUCUCUCUCUAUCUCUCUUCUCUCGCUCUCUCUGUAUAUGUCUAUGAUCUGUACUGUUUGGGAGAGUAUCGUUCGGUCUCUGUUUGUCUUCUGUCUUCUCUCUCUGUCUGUCUCUCUCUCUGUCUCUCUCUCUGUCUCUCUUUCUCUCUCUCUUUCUCUCUCUCUUUCUCUCUCUCUUUCUCUCUCUCUCUCUCUUUCUCUCUCUCUCUCUCUCUCAUUUCAAUUCAAGGGCUUUAUUGGCAUGGGAAACGUGUGUUAACAUUGCCAAAGCAAGUGAAGUAGAUAGUAACUCCUCUCUCUCUCUCCCUCCCCCACCCUUCCUCUGUAACUGUCGCCACCCUUCCUCUAUGUAGAAGUCUCUCCCAUGACUUUAGCUGGAUUGGGGGAGUGUCAGUUUCACAUUCAUAUUUCAGCCUUAACUUAUGGUUUUCAACUUUCGUAUUUAUGAUGAUUCCAAGAUCUUUCCUGGAGUUUCUCAUUUCCAAGUUUAUAAUUAUUCUGACAGCACAUGAACGCAGCAUUAACCCUUGUCUCCCACCCCCCCCAUCCCUACAGGUGCACAAGAAGGACAAAAAGUACAAGUGCAUGGUGUGCAAAAAGAUCUUCAUGCUGGCGGCCAGCGUGGGGAUACGGCACGGCUCACGGCGCUACGGCGUGUGUGUGGACUGUGCCGACUCCCACCAGGCCACGCAGGAGGGCCUGGAGACCCUGGAGGGGUUCGUUCGCGAAGACGACGACUUCGAGGGGGAGGAGCCUGACGAGGGGGAGGAGCCUAACGACAACGACCAAACCAACUUGGAGGAGGGCGACACUGGUGCCGCCCCAGAGGACGACUAG